GGGAGGUGGAGCCGCUGGGAGGCGGUGCCGAAAGAGGCCGGCUCGGCUCAGUCGCCUCCGCGGCCUUUCCCGGAGCCGACGCAGGCGCAAAAAAGAGAAACCCGCAAGCCGAUCGCUGAGAAAGGAGAGCGGGGCAGCUGCCUGCCCGGGACGGCGCGCCCAUGAGCUGCGAGGUGGUAGUGCUGUACUUUGCAAAAAGUGCCGAAUUAGCCGGUGUCCGCACUGAGACCAUUUCCGUGCCCCAACAGAUAACAUCCCUGCAGCUGUGGGAAGAAAUUGUCAAGAGGCAUUCAAGGCUCGCUGCUAUACAGGAUCAAGUCGUCUUUGCUGUCCGCCAGGAGUACGUGCUUCUUGGGGAUCAGCUGGUGGUCCUCAACCCAGGGGACGAGGUUGCUGUUAUCCCCCCUAUUAGCGGAGGUUAGCUCUGGAAAGACGGAGUCAGAAGCCAUGAGCGUAAGUGAGGAUGAGCCCAAGGACUUGAUAAAAUUGAACCACGAGAAGCUCUCGGCAGACGAAAUAUCAGCACUGGUGGUUUCCCCCUG